UAAACUAUACACAGGGUCUUAUGGCUGAUUUGAAGUGGGACACUCUUGCAUUUUAAAGAAAAAAACACAAGCUUGUUCAUUUUUAUAAGAUGAGCAAAAGCAUGACACCUGAAUAUCUAUCAUCGUUGAUGCCCACCCAGUCUCUGGUCAGAUAUCCUCUUAUAAACGUUCCACUACCAGUUUGUCACACCAAUUCAGAUGCGUCAUCAUUUCUUCCUGCUUCAGUCCGAUAUUGGAACUCCCUUCCAGUAGCAACAAGACACUCGAAAACAGUCCAAUCUUUUAAAAACUUCAAACACACUCGACAAAAUCAUCUCCACUUUUCAGUUCGCGCCGCAACCAAAUCAUGCAUUUUCGCCUUGGACUUGGGUAUAGUUCGCUUAACCAUGAUCUUCACAGAAAAAAAUAUCAUUGACUUUCCUGUAUGUACAUGCAACGCUAUUGAAGAUGCUUCCCAUUUUUUCAUGAUAUGCCCUUUAUACUCCACCCAGAGACAGCGAUGAAUCAUUGAACUUCCUUGUGCACCAACCAUUCAUAAUUUACUUCUCGGUGACGAUCGCUUAACUUUUGAACAAAACAAGGACAUAUUUCUGUGUGUGCAGAGGUUUAUAUCAAGUUCAAGGAGAUUCUAUGUUUGGGUCUGUUCGGAUAGUGUUCGGUGUCGAGGGCAGGAUGUCAUGCAUGAGAUGAUAAACCUAAUAUAUAGCUACAUGUGUUCGAAAUGAUAACAGUAUACUAGCAAAUAUAUCACGCAUCUUAUUUUAGGCAUCUUGAUCGGAUUUAAAUAUUUUAAGUCUAUUGAACUUAAUAACUAUUAGGAAAGGAGUUUACAUAAACUUUUAGUAACUUGUUUUCCAAUCCGUAUAAUUUGUAUUGUUGUUAAUAUACCUUGUAUAUGUAAAUUUGAAAUAAAUACUGUUUGAACUAAAUGUUCACACAUUCAGCUUCAAGGAAACGUUUGCAAAACAGGAAAAAAACAUUUUUCUAAUAACGUCAAAAGUGAUGUGUCAUGAUUUGAUUAGGAGGAGGUAAGACACCAUAUCAUAUAUCAGAGUCGACCUCACCAACUAUGCUAAUGGGCGGAAUAAUAGUACAUCACCUUGUCUUUUGCUUAGCCGCUUGUGUUACCAAAGUUGUCAUAGCGCAGACAUCGGUGCAAACAGAAUAUGACUUUAGCGACCUUGAUAUACGUCUAGCUGGCGGUUACAGCAAUCUUGACGGACGUGUCGAGAGAAAAUUGGACGGAAUUUGGGGCACGGUCUGUCGUGAUAAAUUUGGUAUGAACGAAGCACAAGUGGUCUGUAAAAUGUUGUCGCCCGAUCUAUCAGCUCUCCAAGUUAUCAACGAUACAAGGUAUGGACCUGGAACUGGUCCAAUAUUUUACAACCAGCUCGCUUGCUCUGGAUCCGAAACGUCUAUCGAUGAAUGCUCAAGUAUAACUGGUGAACAGUGCGAACAGAGCGAUGCUGCUGCUGUAGCAUGUUCAGUGUGUCCAAGCGCUGAUGAAUUUUACUACGGAGAUUUUAGUAACGUUUCCCUGACUACAGAGGGACAAGUGUACCACGGAAUAUGCAGCAACGGCACCGACGAGUACCCUUUUUCAUUCACCUGUCUUGACAAUGGAACAUGGAUACCUACACUAAAUAAUUGCGGGCCUUUAAAUAUCACAGACGUUCGUUUUGUAAACGGUGCUGGACUUUAUGACGGUUUUGUUGAAAUCCUUGUUGGAAAUACAUGGGGAACACUUUGUGGCUGGUCAUAUUGGUCUACGCGCUCUGCAUAUUCUUUCCAAUCAUUCGGUUUGGAACGCGUUGUGUGUAGCUAUUUUGGCACCACGUCGACCAUUGGUAACGUCUAUGCGGCAAGAAAUGUUGCUCCGAUGAUGGACCAGAUCGUUUGUUCCCCACCGUACAGCUCCUUUUCGGAUUGCAUUUUUGACACUGUUACAACAUGCUAUUAUAAAUUUUAUACAGCGUGUCAAGUAAGACCACUUAACAUCACCGGUAUACGCCUGUCAGGCAGAGGAGAUCCUAACAUAGGGAGGGUAGAGUUACAGGUCCAAGGCCAGUGGGGUACGGUCUGUGGAGAAUCGUUUGACGCGAAAGACGCUACUGUGCUGUGCCGCAUGAUGGGAUUAAAUUUUUCGGCAUUCAUGAGAACGAAAAGGAAUAAUUUAGGUCAAAGAUCUGGACCGGCAUUAAUGAAUCAUAUCAACUGUUCAGGAUCAGAGGAGCAUAUUAAUAGUUGUCCAUACUUCUCUCCUACUAGCUAUUGUUCAUCUGAUGAAGACAUUUCUUUAUUAUGUACAGAAUGUGGAGUAAUAGGCAUCCAGAAUGGAAACAUAGUGUCCUAUAAUUCAUCUACGAACGUAUUGACAGUUGCAUGCCUUUCGGGAAUAAUCGUUGAACACACAUGCCUCAGCAAUGGAUCAUGGAUGAUUUACGAAACAUGUCCCUUUUUGUUACAAGACAUACGACUUGUAGACGGGAUUGGUCGAUACGAUGGUCGAGUUGAAGUUUUGUACAACGGGACAUGGGGAACUAUUUGCAACGCUCGUUCGCAAAGCAAGUCGGUCAUCUGCAGAAUGUUAAAUGCUAGUCACUUUUCUGAAGGACUUAAUCCUGGGGGAACAGGUCCCAUUCAUAUAAAAAACCUUUUUUGCACUGGAAAUGAAAAUAGCAUAGCGGAAUGCGGAUUUGACGACCGUAGCGAAUGCUCGCAUAAUGAAGAUUUUGGAGUAACCUGUUACAAAAAUAGAAGACCAUUAAACGUCACGGGAGUUCGCCUCGUCGAUGGAACAAGUAAAUAUGAUGGCCGCGUAGAAAUCCAGGAAAAUUACGAUUACUGGGGAACUGUUUGUGAUGGUAGAUUUGGGUUUAGAGACGGAAAUACGCUUUGUCGAAUGAUGAACAUGUCAUUAUUGGAGUACUUUACAAACUCAACACACGGAUCUGGUUCCGGCCCUAUUAUGUUUCAGUAUUUGCAUUGUGACGAAUACGAUUAUCACAUACAGGAUUGCAAUCAUGGCACUCCGCUGUCAUGUUCAUCGUCCGAUAUCGUUUCACUUGUGUGCUCAGAAUGCGGUCCUCCACAAGAAGACGGCGAAGUAACAUACUCGACAAACGGAACCAUAGCAACGAUCCAUUGCCACUAUGAGUAUUUGCUGGAUGAUCCUGUAAUUGAAUGUACUGACGGUAUUUGGUCGCAAACUGGUGUCUGUGAUUUCUACGGUCCGACCUUGAACAUAUCGACCGUCCGUCUUGUUGAUGGCGAUGGGGUGUAUAAAGGUCGUGUAGAAAUUGAGGUGAAUGGAACUUAUGGCACCAUUUGCGAUAGCUUAUUUGAUCUUGAGGACGCAGAAGUGAUAUGCAAGACCUACAAUCAAAGUUUCGGCGCGGCGUAUUACUUUACGGGAGCCAGAUAUGGGGAAGGAACAGGUCCAAUUCACAUUGACCGUCUCUUUUGUGGUGAAACAAACACGUUUCUGUACCAGUGUCCAUAUCAUUCUGUUGGGUUUUGUGAUCAUUCAAGAGAUGUCUCGGUCGUAUGCAAUGAAUGUGGUCAACCAGAUAUUGCCUUUUGGGGAGUCGGUUAUUUCACAUACCAUGGCUCAUCUUUGUACGCUGAUUGCUCCUAUUAUAAAACGUAUGUUGGCGAAUUAAAAAUGACGUGCGACCAUGCAAACGGAGCAUGGGUUACAGAAGGGAAAUGUCAAGAAUACAGCAGGCCCCUUAAUAUCCAAGACGUUCGCCUUUCUGGAGGCCAGAGUAAAAUGGAAGGAAGGGUUGAGAUCAAGUCAAUGGACAUUUGGGGCACUAUAUGCAAAGAUGGAUUUGGCAUGAAAGAGGCUCACGUUAUUUGCAACAUGAUUGGCUUCCCUCCAGCACAAGCCGUGUAUUUGAAUGGUGAAUACAGCGGUGGGACAGGGCCGGUAUUUGUCGACGAUCUUUUAUGUGGUUCAUCUGACACGCACAUUAACAACUGCUCGUAUGUUACAUAUGAUGACUGUUCACACUUUCAAGAUGUGGCUGUAAAAUGCACAGUAUGUGAUGACCCAACGCCAAACAAUGGCUCGAUCAACGGGACACAGUUUUCAUACGGCACAGUUUUAGAAGUAUCUUGCGACUACGGACACUACUUAGUAGGCGAUCAAUUCAUAAAUUGUCAGAGGAACGCUACAUGGAAUAGUCGACCAGAGUGUCCUUUAAUUGAUUGUGGCGACCCUACACCAGAAAACGGGAGAAGCAAUGUUUCAAAGAACACAUUUAAUGAAAUUGUAGAAAUUGCGUGUGACGAGGGGUAUAACAUCAAGGGGACUUCAGUCAUAUGGUGCAAAGAGAAUCUGCAGUGGUCAGAUAGCACAAUAUGUGCAAUUGUGGAUUGUGGGCCGAUAGAGACUGAACAUGCACAUGUCAAUAUUGGGAAUAUUACAACAUUUGGCGAGAUUGCUCUUGUUAGCUGUGAUAUUGGGUAUCUACCAGUGGGGACAACUCCAGUCAAAUGUCUUGCUAACGGAACUUGGAGUGGAAUUCCUUCCUGUGAUAUAAGAGAAUGUGGAGAUCCAACCCCAAGAAGGGGCCAGAGAAACACUACCAUAACCACGUUCGGAACUAUUGUACUUAUAUCAUGUGACGACGGCUUAGAGAUUCCUGGCAACCCUGUCAUAAAAUGUCAGGAAGACGGAACCUGGAGCGAAAGCCCUGUCUGUGACUCUUUAGAUUGUGGGCCACCAUCUGUUGCUAACGGACAUGUUACAACGUUUGGUAACACCACCUUUGGAAACAAUGCAUCAAUUGUUUGCAAUGAGGGUUACUCGCUUGAUGGUUCUGGUGAAAUCCUGUGCACAGCUAAUGGAUGGGGAAAUGUGUCGUGUGUGCUUCAUGAUUGUGGAAAUUUAACCAUCGACAACGGCAAAGUUCUCUUCAAUACUGGAACACAAUUCGGUGACAGCGCAGAAGUUCAAUGUUUUCUCGGUUACGAUCUUAAUGGGGACUCUAGAAUAACAUGUUUGGAUGGAAGCAAAUGGAGUGACUACCCGAGCUGUGACAUUAAAAAAUGUCCUGUAAUUGAAACAUCAAUUAAUGGUGACAUUGUCGAACCAUAUUCAUUAACGUUUGGCUCCACCGUGACGUUUAACUGCAAUGAUGGGUAUCUUCUUGUUGGAGAAAUGUCCAUCAAUUGCGAAAGUUCCGGAGAAUGGAGCACCGACUUUCCAAUCUGUGUGCAAAAAUCGCCCAUCGACGGCGCUUGUGGCAACAAAAAAUACUGUUUGGCUCCUAAUGCAGAAUGCGAUGAAGGAGUUUGUUCUUGCAAGACUGGAGUUUAUGACGACAGGACAAACUACUGUGACAGAAUGCCACUAUUUCCUUUUGACAACGUCUCUUCAAAAAACGUCGCCGUCACGCAGCAAUGCAGUAACCCUAUUAGGUUUACACCAGGAAUACCUGUGUUCGAUCGGAUAAGAUAUAAAAUAUAUGUUUGCGCUAAUGGCUACGUAAGUUUUGAUAAACCACACACCAACCCUGGACCUCCGAACACCAGUGGUCCUAAUGGUAGCUAUGGUAACGGCUUCAAGGAUGUUCCAAUCAUCGCUGCGUACUAUGCUGAAAUAAACACACAUAUAUCCCAAUCAAUUUCCUAUCGAACAAUUGAUAUUUUACAUGACUUUCCAUUUAAUGAGGAAGAGACGCGUGAUAUUGAAAUGGUCAGAUAUCUUGUCAGGACAUUCGGAGGUUUGCCCUCAUUUGAACCGAAGUUUCUGCUUAUUGCCGACUGGAACAAGGUUUCACCGCUUCAGACCACAUUCCAGUCCUCAUCAAGAGCAUCUUUCCAGCUCGCUCUCGUUUCGGAUGGACUUACGACAUUCUUCCUGUACAUUUAUCCAAGAGAUUUAAUGCAGUGGACACUACAAUCAGAACGUGUUAAAGAUGUCAAUGUUUGGGUUGGAUACUAUAACGCAGACACGAAAAUUACCAGUACAAAUCCAUAUUCGUUCACACCAAGCGCUCUUCAGAUGGAUCUAUUUUCUAAAACUAGGAAUGUCGAGGGACUUUUAUUGAAACUAGUGACUAAACCCGGAAUAUGGAAAUCCCAUGACGAGUUGGAUUGCAUACAUUGGUACAAUCAACAUAUUACAAUUAAAAAUACGUAUCACGAAAUCAUGUCUAUCUACUUACCGGAAUGUCCUUGUGACCUCAACCUUGCAAGGUUUGACCCAUGGUUCUGGAGAAUUGUUUCAAAAAUCCGACGAUUCUGGUGGCAAAGUAAGGAUGACUUUGAGGGAGAUGUUGUCUGUGUUGACAUGUGGCAUAGAAGUAUAUUUGAUCCAUAUGGAAAGUCUUGUUGUUACUAUCGCGAGUCGCGUCGAUUUGUGGAAGGGCGUCCACUUGCUGGUGGUCUUUACCACUACCACCCGUCACUCUCCGCUAGCGAUCAUGCCAUAUAUGAUGUUGGAAUGAAGCAAAAAUGUUGCAAAUCAAAGUACUGCGAAUUAUAUUAUCAACUUCACCCUAUUGGAACUUGUUACACGCGGUCACCCUACAGUCAAGGGAAUUUCUGGGGAGACCCUCAUAUUAGCACAUUGGAUCGAAUGAAUUAUACUUUCAACGGGCUUGGAGAAUACACACUUCUUUUGACGGAAUCCAACAAUACUUGGUUCACUUUGCAAGCACGAACCGAGCGAGCCGUUAAACACGAUGGUAACCUGUCUGAUGCGACUAUAUUCAGUGCUUUUGCAGCAAAGGAUCAUACAAAUGCCUCCUUACACGCUGAAUUAAACUCGGCAAAACAUGGAUUAAUUUUGUACGGUGACGGGUUGGAUUUUACAAAACAAUUCCUGUCCGGUGAUGAGUAUGAUUCUUCCACGUUAUCUAUUUCAAACAACAAUGGUUCUGCGAGGGUGUUUUUUAAAAAUACAGGUGUUAUGCUGGAUAUAGGUGUUGGUGUCGAGAUGUUAUCUUUGAGUACAAUAGUGCCAUCCAGUUUGGCCAACAAUACACGUGGGCUUCUGGGAAAUUUUGACGGCGAUCCAACUAAUGACUUGAGGUUUCCAAACAGAACUAUUCUUAACUCCUCCUCCUCAGAGCGAGAAAUUUUCUUCUACGGUCAAACAUGGGCUGUAAAUGAAAGAACAACAGUGUUCUUGUAUGAGGAUGGAAAAGAUCACGAUAACUUUCACAACUCUUCAUAUGUACCACUCUUUCUGGACGAGAUUGAUAAUGUCACAAUGGCUUUGGCCAUAGAGGCUUGCAGUGGAACAUCAAGCACAGAGUGUAUUUACGACUUCGCACUCACACUGAAUCCGGCGAUUGCUGCAGAUACAGUGGAUAGAAGAAAGCAGUUCGACCAAGAUCAAGAGGAAAUAGAUGAAGUUAUACCAACUGUUGACGGAUGCAAUGUCGUCAACGUCACUUUAGGGGGAAAUGUAACGUGUACUGUAAAUGUUGACGACAACAUCGAUAUACAGAUCCUGGAAAACAACACAUAUAAUGCUACUUUUGAUCGAUUGUCAUCAACUAUAACAUAUACUCAUACUGGUGACAUAUCAUCUCCGUUAAGGUAUCAGGCAAUCAAUCAGGAAGGUCUCGUGUCUGUCGAGCAUGUUAUCUCCGUGGUCGUUUGUACAGGGUGUAACGAUCAUGGCAGUUGUACGCCAGAUUUACGGCUAGAUCGGGUUGACGAAAACUUCAGAUACUACGAAUGUGAAUGUCGGCCAGAAUAUGACGGAAUUAACUGCGAAAGUAACUACAAUGGUUGUGCUGGUAACCCUUGUACCCUUGGCCGUAACUGCACUGAUUUGUCACCGGAGGAGCAGCAAAGUCAAGGACGAGCGUACAUGUGUAGUGAGUGUCCAUUAGGGUACACAUCUCGAGAAGGCGACGACAAUGUUUGCAUUGACAUCGAUGAAUGCGCUAGUUACAGUUCUUGCGAACAAUCUUGUAUAAAUACCGAAGGAAGUUUCAUAUGUGUAUGUGAACAAGGAUUACAACAAGACCGCACAAACUUAUCUGCGUGCAGAGAUUUCAAUGAAUGCGAAGACGAAACUCAUAACUGUAGUCAGGUGUGCGACAACUUUUACGGCGGUUAUCGAUGUGAAUGUAGGACGGGCUUUGUUCUGAACGAGACCACCGGGCAAUGUUUACAGGGCGACGUUAAUCAAUGUGACCCUACCACCAUAAAUUGCACCAACACAGCUGGAUGCACCGUAGACGAAUACAAUACAACAACAUGUUUUUGCGAGCGAGGAUUUGAGCUGGAUCGUUUGGGAAAAAAUUGCCAAGAUAUUGACGAAUGUCUGCGACACAUAUGUCCUCAAGAAUGCAUCAAUUUCAAUGGUGGAUUUGAAUGUUCGUGUUUAGAUGGAUACCGACUAGAAGGAAUAUCCACAUGUUCUGUAUGUGAAGUACCAUAUUAUGGACAUGAAUGCAACAAUACGUGUGACUGUACCGGAAGAGGGGCGAUGGAAUGCAACACUGUCAGAGGUUGUGAGUGUGAGGAGGGAUGGGUCGGAAGCACGUGCGAUGAUGACACUAAUGAGUGUUACGUAGAUCCUGACAUAUGCGCAGAUGUUCGAAAGUAUUGCACUAAUAUUGUUGGAUCUUACACGUGUGAUUGCAUAAAUGGGUAUGAGAAGAACGACGAAGAUGCAUGCACUGAUGUUGAUGAAUGUACCGACGCGUCGUUAAACGACUGCCACCAACAGUGUUCGAACAACAUUGGCAGUUACACGUGCGGUUGUAGCGUUGGUUAUGUCAAAAUAAAUGGAACGUCGUGUCAAGAUUUUGAUGAAUGUGCCCGUGGAACUGCGACCUGUGAGCAAAUAUGUGAGAAUAAGCCUGGCUCCUACAACUGCUAUUGUCACUUUGGCUACAAAUUGAAUGAUGAUCGUCGGACAUGUACCAAACUUGCUGAUCCGUGCAGAACAUUGUUUAAUCUGACAUGUUCCGGGUACUGUGUAGUCAAAGAUAACACCUCAGAUUGUAGGUGUCGAAAAGGGUUUGUUAUAGGACAAGAUGCACAGACAUGUCUUGAUGUAAAUGAAUGCCAAACUAGUGAGUUGAAUGGCUGUGAUUCUACUGCCACAUGUAUGAACACUUACGGAUCAUAUCAGUGUGAAUGCCCAAUAGGUGCGCGUUUGGAAAACGAUGGUCGCACAUGCACAGAAUGCGAUGAAUUCCAUUUUGGUCGAGAUUGUACACAGGAGUGCAGCUGCAUUAAGGGCACAUGUGACAAUAUAAUAGGUUGUAUUUGUGAAAGUGGAUGGAUGGGACCUAACUGCGAUGUUGAUGUAGACGAAUGUGCUUUAAACGCAGUCAACUGCACACUUCCUUACACACAGUGCGUGAAUGCACCCGGGUCUGCAUCUUGUCAAUGUAAAACAGGGUACACUGCUGAAGGAACAUCAGACGAAUGUUUAGAUAUCGAUGAAUGCAUAAAAAUAUCGACGCACGACUGUGAACAAUUUUGCAAUAACACUGACGGAAGUUACGAAUGCAGUUGUCGACAUGGAUUUUUGCAAAAUGGCGGAAGUUGUACAGAUAUUGAUGAGUGUAAGGGAACACACGACUGUGACCACCAGUGUACAAACCUUAUCGGCAGUUUCAAGUGCUUCUGUGACACCGGGUACAGUUUGAAUCUCGUGGACAGACAAUCUUGCAUACCGGAAAACGUGUGCACGGAUGACGAACGUAUCAGGUGUCCGCAAAAUGCUACCUGUGCCGUUACGAACGGGAAUGUCACUUGUACCUGUCUAAAAGGCUCUCAUUUGAUUAAUGGAAGCUGCGACGAUAUAAACGAAUGCCAGCAGGAAACAGAUGCUUGUACGCAUCAGUGCCUAAACAAAUAUGGCGGAUACGUUUGUUCAUGUGAUAUGGGGUUCCAACUGUUAUCUGACGGGUUUACUUGUGAAGAGUGUUCAGGCUGGCUAUACGGUCAGAACUGUGAUUCACCAUGUUUAUGUGACCAAGACAAUACCAAAACAUGCAACGGAACAAACGGAGAAUGUUCUUGUAAAGCUGGUUGGUUAGGCUCCAUCUGUUCCGAAAACCUGAAUGAAUGCUCUCCUGGUGGCUCCAACAACUGCCCUUAUAAUUCAAGUUGUGUUGACACUCCAGGGAGUUUUAAAUGUGUGUGUAACACUGGCUAUCUCAUGAAUGGAUAUGGGAAGUGCCAAGAAUGUCAGCAGGGUCAUUAUGGAAAUGACUGUGUUCACACUUGCGCGUGCAAUGGGCUGAGGACCGAAUCUUGCAAUCACGUGACAGGAACUUGUGCGUGCGAUGAAGGCUGGACGGGUGAAAUAUGUGACGAAGAUGUUGACGAAUGCGGAGAUCAAAAAUGUGUCAACUUUACCUUUGGGUGGAGUUGCAAUGAAACAUGCCCAUGCCAACAGGAUCAUUCCUCAAAAUGUGACAACGUUAAUGGGAGCUGUUUCUGUUUACAGGGUUGGAAAGGACAGAUAUGCUCCGAAGAUCUGGACGAGUGUUCAGAAACGCCUGACGUUUGCUCUGUGAAAGAUAACAGUCAUUGCGAAAACGUGGACGGCUCAUACUUAUGUUCUUGUGACGCUGGGUACACUGCAAAAGAUGAAAUUUGUAAAGACAUCAAGGAGUGUUUAGCUGAGGACUUGAACCACUGUGAUGAGCGCGCCGAGUGUGAAGAAACUGACGGGAAUUACACUUGCCUUUGUCCAGUUGGAACGCACCUGCAAGAUGACGGACGUUCUUGUAUAGAUUGCGAUGAAAACUUUUACGGACUGAAUUGUUCGAAAAUGUGCAAUUGUGAACAUGGAUCGUGCAACAGAACAUCAGGAUGCCAUUGUGGUUCCGGAUGGACUGGGAUCCAAUGCAACAUAGAUAGAGAUGAAUGUACAAUAGGUGAUUUAGUCUGUGAAGAUUCAAACACUGUUUGCAGUAAUACGAUAGGAGGUGCGGAUUGUGUGUGUCAAGAUGGGUACGAGAGAAACCAGACGACAGAAAAUUGCAAUGACAUUGAUGAGUGUAAAGAAGGGGCAUUGAACAAUUGCACACAGACAUGCACAAAUACUGCAGGUGGAUACAAUUGUGGAUGUUAUGAGAGUUAUAGCUACAGCAGAGAAAAUAACACAUGCAACGACGAGGACGAGUGUCUUGCCGAUACACUGAACGAUUGCGACCAAACCUGUGACAAUACCGAAGGAGGGUAUACUUGUGGAUGUGAACAUGGGUUUUAUCUAGGUGUUUCAGACAACAAGACAUGCAUACCUGUUACCAAUUGCACAGAGGAAGAAGUUUCAGCAUGCCCCGAACAUUCGGUUUGCUAUAGAGAUAGAACUGAACUGGAUUGCCGAUGCAAUAAGGGUUAUUUUAAAGAUGAUGGCCUAUGCAAAGAUGAAAAUGAAUGCAGCGAUUCCUCUCCAUGCGGCCAGAAUUGCAACAACACCGCCGGGAGCUUCUUCUGCAGCUGUGACAUUGGUUUUAAACUGAUAAAAGGCACCGCAUGCGAAGAAUGUGAACCAUACACGUUCGGUCAACACUGCGAAUCAGCAUGUAACUGUGAUCAGGCACAUGCAAACUCAUGUGACGCCGUAAAUGGCACGUGCGCAUGCGCAGCCGGGUGGACAGGAGAUGAUUGCAAAGAAGACGUUAACGAGUGUGAAGACGAGUCUUCUAUUACCUGUCCCGAACACUCGCAUUGUGUCGACACUGUCGGUAGUUACUCCUGUCUAUGCAACACGGGGUACAUAGUGAACCAAGACGGUUUAUGUAUCGCGUGUGAACUAUUUCGGUAUGGCGACUCUUGCGAAAACCAGUGUUCGUGUUUUCUUACCGGUGCUGACUCGUGUGAUCAUGUGCUUGGAAACUGUUCGUGCAAAAUUAACUGGCAGGGUGACCAGUGCAAUGACGAUGUUGACGAAUGUAGCUUCGAGGAAAAUACGUGUGCAGAGAAAUCCAACUCCUUGUGCAUGAAUACUGAAGGAUCGUUUAUUUGCAUGUGUGAAGCAGGAUAUACAGAUAUAAAUGGUGCAUGUGAAGAUGUGAAUGAAUGUAAAGCAAACAUAUGCGAUCAAGAUGCCACAUGCCAGAAUUCGGAUGGUUCCUUCGUAUGCAUAUGUCCAGUAGGCAAGCGAUUGAGCAAUGAUAAUUCUUGUCAAGAGUGUAGUAACAACACUUACGGAACUGAGUGUAACCAGAAUUGCAACUGCACAUUUGGAAACACUCAAAAUGACGAACAGUCUUGUGACAGAGAGACCGGAACGUGCAUUUGUGACCCACACUGGACAGGGGAUAUGUGCGACACUGAUAUUAAUGAAUGCACUACUUCUGGUAUUUGCACGAACGCCAGCGCUGGCUGUUUCAAUUUUCCUGGAGGUUUCCGCUGUGAUUGUCUAAGAGGAUACAGGAAAAAUAGCGGAACUGGAGAAUGUGAAAUUGUUGCCGAAAGAACAACAGUAUCGACUGCGGUCGAUGAGGUUCGGGUUGAUCUUACGAUAAUUCUGGAAGUUGAAUUGGACCCAGGAACAGAUCUCAGGGUACAUACUGUCUUUGAUGAGAUAGCAGCAAAAGCCAAAUAUUCGAUCAGGAAGCUUUUGUCGAAAUUCAUAUCAAUAGAAAUUACUAUUCUAAUCAAUGACUUAAGCUUUGGAAGUAUAAAUGUAAACUACUCGAUCAUAUACCGAAAGAGUCCUCAAGUGGCGUUGGGUGUUUCACAUGCCUUAGUAGACAUUGCUGCAGGCACAGAGAUAGAGUACGAUGGUUUGAUCGUGGCUGCGUCGGCACCAGAAUCAUACACCAAUGAUGAUUUGUGUGGCCUCUAUGAAAAAGCACUUGGUGGCUGUGAAUCCGGAUAUGAAUGUGUGAUAGAAGGGAACGAACCCAUGUGCGAACUAUUGUCUACUUCGGACAACUAUGCAGUUGUGGUAGGAGUAGCAGUAGGUCUUAGUGUCUUCUGUAUUGCCGUUCUGAUCAUCAUCACCUCUGUCGUCGUUUACACAAAGAACCGAGAGGCACGCCGUGGCAAUAUUCAUAGGCGGCGUGAUUCGGCAGCUUCAGGCGACAAUCAGAUGAGUGUUUGGCCGCCUUGGAAAGAAGAGAUAGCGACUGGACCCCGUUUCAACUCAUGGGGAACAAAAAAUAGUUUCGGACAAGAAAACACGUACGUAUCUCCGUAUAUCCUGCCUCGAGUCACAUUAAACAGGACACGGGAGCAACACCAGGCACCGUACUUGGCACAGUACUAAGACGCACUGACAAACCAGAACAUUUACGAAUCAUUAUGUAAACUAACUUCCGAUAAUGUAUACUUUUAAUGUGUGUGUUGGUUUGUGGGUGUUGUAUAUGUGUGUGUGCGUGUGCGUUUAUGUAUAUAUUUUCGUUUGCUUUUACAUUGACUUGUUUUUGUUUUUGUCUUUUUGAGAUAGAAUUUUUUAUAUGGAACUUUUUGUAUUGAUACCACUGUAGACGACCAUUGGUUACACGAUGGAUAUUUAUCACGUAUACAUACGUAUGUACUCUCGCAUGAUAGGUAAUGACAUAUUUUUAAUUUAUUGCCCUUUGACUUACAAUUUUUGACAUGUUGUAUGUUCUUAAAUAUAUGUAAAUACUAUCUUCAGUUAUUUGAGAAUGUCCUAUCGCACAAGAAAUUGGUUGUGCUAGUGUUCACAAAGAUUAGGAGACGUUUUCGUUCAAUAUGAUGAAAGCAUGUUAUCAGAAUUAACGAAAGCGUUAAAUUUGAAUUUCAACCUUCCCAUAAUUUUGUUUCGCUACAAAAUUAAGAAUUAUACUUAUUAUCAUUCCAUAAGCUUAAUAAAGAGGUUGUAUAAAUACUGCAGAUUUUGUGCGAAGAACUUGCCUGUAUAGUAAAUGCAUGAGAAUUUCAUAUAUUGCUUGAAUGCAAAGUAUAGAUGGAAAUUAGACGUAACGUACUCGUAUACAUAUACAAAGUUAUGGAACGGUUGAAUUAUGUUAAAGAACCUUUUUCGUAUACAAAAUAUAAUCAGAGAAAUAAGUUAAUCACUAUGUUAUUCAAUAAGUGCUAGUAUAAUGUUGCAAAGUAAAUCUCAUUAUCAUAUAUGUAUUUUCCGGAUGAUUUUAAUAAUAUUUCUUAAUGGCGUUUCUGAAUCAUAUUGUAUUCUUAACUAAUCACUCCAGUAACAGUGAGUUUAAUUAUCAAGUAAUUUAUCAAAAACGCCAAGCAAAUGUUAAAGAACAAAAAUUAUCAUUUGUUGAAAUAAACGUGUGUUGUUCUGUU